GAUAAGAAAUGGGUUCUCAAUCAUGAAGAUGUCACGCUGGGAGAAUUACUGGGCAAAGGUAAUUUUGGUGAGGUGUAUAAGGGAACAUUAAAAGAUAAAACUCCUGUUGCUGUAAAAACUUGUAAAGAAGAUCUUCCUCAGGAAUUGAAAAUAAAAUUUCUGUCAGAAGCCAGAAUACUCAAACAGUAUGAUCAUCCUAAUAUUGUAAAACUUAUAGGAGUUUGCACACAACGACAACCUAUUUAUAUUGUUAUGGAACUUGUUCCAGGAGGUGAUUUCCUGUCCUUUUUAAGAAAAAAGAAGGAUGAACUAAAAACCAAACAGUUGGUGAAAUUUUCAUUAGAUGCUGCUUCUGGUAUGGCAUAUCUCGAAUCUAAAAAUUGUAUACAUAG